ACAAUACACCUCGAGAUUGAAUCAUCACCAUAAAGCGAAUUUCAAAAAAAAUUAUUUUAAAAAUUAUUUGAAAAAUAUUAAUAAUUAAUAUUAAUAAAAAAUGAACAAUAAUCAAACUUUAAUAUCAUCAUCGGAUUUGAAUGGUAAUUUGAUGGAACAAAAUCAAUUAAAGGAAGAAAUUCAAAAUGAUUCUGCUUCGGUAAUGACAGGAAAUGAGGAUAAUAUGGAUACAAAUGAUGAUGGAGCUGUGGAAAUUGAAUCAAGUGAUGACGAAGAUGAUGUCAAUCCUUCAGAAAAGGAAUACCUUUUGGUGGAUCAUCCUAAUUUUGCCAGCUUACAAAGAGAAAAAGAUCGUGUUUUAUACUUGUUGGAACUAGGAAUGACUUUUAUUGAAUCAUUAACAAAAGCCACAAGAGAAAAUAUGUCUGUGGAUGAAGCAAUUAGUGAUUGUAAAGACAAUAUCUCUGAUUAUUAUGAUACAUUAUCGGAAAUUAAGACAAACAUGUCUAAACUUAUUUGCAUGUCAUCAUUUCAUUCGCCUCUAAAUUAUGAAGGAUCAUUGUAUUCUGAAAGAAAGAGAAUUGAAAUUAACAACAAGAAGGCAAAAAUUUUAAAAUUUGAAACAUCAAUAGGGAAAUCAGGAGCUUAUAAUGAUGAUUUUUCUUCUGUGAAUGCAUUCAAUAAUAACAAUAAUAAUUUGGAUAACAUUUCUCAAUCUAAUAUUUCCUAUGGACACACUGCACAAACUCCAAACAAGAUGUAAAAUAUAAACUAAUUUAUUUCUGUAC